AUCAUGGCCAAUUUCAUCUUCUGAAUACACCGCUGUUAAUAAGAGGGGUCAAAACGUACUACAUUUGGCGGCCAGCAAAAACAAAAAAGAGAUGAUACAAGGUAUUUUGAAAUAUUGUCCUCAACAAUAUAAGGACAAGAUAUUGAACGAGCAAGAUGAUAAUGGUGAUACACCUCUCCACAUACUUGUUUCCCGUGGUUGCUUCAUCCCGGAACUUAUGAAACAUAACGGGAUUAACACAAUGGUAAAAAAUAACCAAUAUUGGACUCCUCGUGAUAUGUUAUAUCUUGAAGAUGAAAUUAUUGCUGAUCAGGUACAAAUAAAAAUUGUACUUGACGAUGUCCAGACUGACUGGAAAAUGGAUCUAUCGGAAAGUUUAGUGCUCCCAAGUAAAAGACAGAGAAAGGAUGUGAUGUUUAAUAGAGCUACAACAUUAUUAAUAAAUGAAAGGGAUGCACGGAUGAAAGCAGAUCUAGAAAGGUAUAAAAAUACUCGUGCUGUUGCCCAUUGGUUUACAGAUGCAAUUGCUGGAGAUGCUAAUGCCAGAGCUGCACUGGAUAUGGAAGCCGAAAGACUGAACGAAGAUGGAGAAACUAUCCUUCAUGUUGAAUCCAAGAGAGGAUACACAGAACGCGUGCGAUUCAUUGUGACAGAAUUUUCAAACAAAGACCUAUUGGUCAAGCAGGAUAAAUUAAAACAAACUGCACUUCACCUUGCAACACAUCAUGGACACACUCAAGUGGUUGAGGUCCUCAUUGAUGCCGCCAGACGACAUUUGCCUUCUUCUUCAGCACGUGAUGAUACCCAUAAUCCAUUUAGUGCUUUUAAAGCUUUUAUUAGGCUAGCUACUAGUCCAAUGCGGAACACUGCCUUACAUGUAGCAGUCCUUAACGGUAACGUGGCGAUUGUCAAGCUCUUAGUAGAAGCAGAUCCAAGUGAUAGACAUAUCCAAAAUUAUGAAGGCAAAAAUCCAAUCUACAUAGCUGCGGAAAAAGGGUACAUGGCUAUAAUAAAGGAGAUUUGUACAACUUGCACAGCACAGUGUCUGGAGGGUCCUGGUGGCGGCGCCAGUGCUUUGCAUGCUCUUAUUAAGAAUAUGCAAGCGACGGAAGAAUGGAAAGAUGCGGUUGGGAUGAUUAUUGAUGCAUUCAAACAUUGGAAUAGUGAGGAGGAUGCAUUAUUUAAUAGCACUGAUGAGUUCGGAAACACUGUCUUGCAACUGGCGGUGGAGAGAAACAAUGUGGGGGUUGUUAAACUAUUAUUAGAAGAGGAUCCUGCCUAUCAAAAUUGUCGUGGAAGCAAAAAACAUGGCCUUAUGCGUUUAAUCUACAAGGCCAUCGACAAUGAGUAUAGUACGGAUAUUGUCAAAUUGCUGUCUGAAACUUAUGAAGCUGGAAUUAACCCUGAUCAUAAAGGUGUGCUCACUUUGAUUCUUGCAAUUAAAAGACGUGAUAAAGGUACGUUAUAUCUAUUGUAUUGGAAUUUGUCAUGUGAGUACAUUCAUUUAGGAGUAAAUGAUACAUUAAAACUAUACCAGUAAGCAGUUGCACUCUUGUUCUUGUUAUAACUUAUAGCGGCAUUAAAAACUCUCUCAAUUUCACUGUGAUUUGAGAUAUAAUAGCAUAUACAUUUUAAAUGUUCUAGAUUGAACUUUUUUUAUACAUUAUGUAAUGCCAAUCAACUUUACGUUCAUUACAUAUUUUUUUACUUCUUGUUCCAUGUGAUUUACAUAGUUGAUCGAAUUUGUUUCCUGCAGACUCUGUAUUAGGUCUCUUGAAAGGGAGAAAACACCUUGUAACUUUUUCUGAAGCAGAAGGUUGGACUCCACUUCACUAUGCUGCUUAUCAUGAAUUUGUUUCAAUACUUGGUCCACUAAUUGAAGCACAAAAGGAUGUUGGAUAUCAAUUUGUGUACCGAGAUAUGGUAUCAACACCGUUUCAUGUAGCAGUUGAGCAUGGAUAUACUUCUACAGUUAUACAACUUGUGAAAUUGUGGCCAUCUACAUCGU